AUGCGCAACCUCAGGAAUAUUCGGUUCUCGGAAAUCCCACUUGAAGGUGGGCUGCCCUUGGCCGCCACUGCGUGGGAUGCCACUACAAACUCGUUGAUAUGCGCAUUUGGACCCGCGGAGGAUAAUGCGGUGAUCGAACUGAGGAGAAAACCGCAGCAUGAAGAUGUCAUCUCGGGGUCACUGCCUGGUGACAUGGCCCUUAUCGCGUCCUGGGAUGCUCCUUGUCCAAAUCCGGACAUGAUAUGUGAUCGUAUAUUGUCUUUACAGUAUUUUCCAGACACAUCGGUAAUAUGCCUAGUGCUGGAGGGCGGGGAUAUCGUCAUCGUACGCGAAGAGCCCCAGCCAGGGGAGGAUAAGAUUGAAAUCGUCGGUAGUGUCGAUGCUGGCAUUUCUGGCGCAGCUUGGUCGCCGGACGAGGAGCUACUGGCCAUCUCUACGAAGGCAAAUACUCUACUUUAUAUGACCAGGGACUUUGAAGGAGCCGCAGAUACCGCCUUCAGCAACGAGGAUCUCAAGAUCUCCCAACACGUCUCCGUGGGCUGGGGAAAGAAGGAAACCCAGUUCCAAGGGAAAAGAGCAAAGGCCCUUCGUGACCCGACAAUGCCAGAGAAAGUCGACGAAGGAAAAUUAAGCGACCUCGACGAUGGCAAAACUACCCUCAGCUGGAGGGGGGACGGCGCAUAUCUUGCUGUCAAUAGCAUUGAAAAUGGUGUACGUCGGGUCAUCCGCGUAUUUUCCCGAGAAGGCACGCUGGAUAGCGUGAGUGAGCCCGUGGACGGGCUUGAGGGUGCUUUGAGCUGGCGCCCAUCGGGGAAUCUCAUUGCCGGAAUCCAGCAGCUGGACAAUAGGAUCGAUGUCGUUUUCUUCGAGAGAAAUGGCCUACGCCAUGGACAGUUUACUCUCAGGUUAACCGAGGAGGAACGAAUUGGUUGGGCAUCGGACAUCAAUCUUACCUGGAAUGCCGACUCUACUGUUCUUGCCGUACAGUUCAGGGAUAGGAUCCAGCUCUGGACCACAGCGAACUAUCAUUAUUAUCUCAAACAAGAGAUUCCUCUAUCAAUCGCUCAGUCUGAAGCCUCUGCGCUCCGCACAUUCCGCUGGCAUCAUGAGAAAUCCAUGCGCUUUGCCGCAAGCUCACCAAGCUUACUUCUUGAUACCGACUGGGUUUUUGAUGUUGCCUCCGGCUCGACCAUUGCUCCUAAUGACUUUGGCUCUAUCGCCGUUAUCGAUGGACGCAACUUGAAACUGUCUCCUCUAAAAGUAGCAACGGUGCCUCCUCCAAUGGCGCUUUGUGAACUUUCCCAUGACUCUAACAUCAUAGACGUGGCAUUCAGUAGGACAAGCGCAAAAAUGGCUAUUCUUACCGCAACUGCGUUUGCGAUAUAUUCAUGGGACCUCAAAUCUACGUCUCCUCUUGAGGCAAAACUUUGUUCUUCUCACCCUAUUUCUCAGUCCAGACGCCCAAGGCAAAUUGCUUUCCUAGGAGAGGACGACGUCUAUGUCACAACUCAAGAUGAAUUUGGCGGGGAGGCUCUUGAAUGGACGCGAUUAGAGGCCAAUGAAACGCAGACUGUCUUCGUUCCCGAAGAGACGGUUCACAUCUCCUCAAUAUUCCCCGAUUCUGGGCAAGACAAACUUUGGAUUGCCCAAAUAAUCCAAAACCAAAAAGCCAGAAGCUAUAGCUUUAUUCAAAACAACGGAGGUGAAGCUUCCAUUGUGGCAUGGCAUGAGAGCCCUGCGAAUGACACGAGCUGGGCCCGCGCGAUUCAGCUUCCUGGUGGAGAUGACAUCCUAUUUACACUUUCUCGAUCUGGUACCCUAUAUGCGAAUAAGCGAUUGCUAGCUAAGAGUGUUACCUCGUUCCUCCUGACUGCUGCGCACCUUAUUUAUACAACUACACAGCAUCUGCUCAAGUUUGUUCAUAUAACCAACGUCAACGAACUUGAGACCCCGGGGGAUACUCCAGAGGAAGAUGAACGAUGCAGAAGCGUCGAACGUGGAGCGAGAUUGGUCACUGCGAUGCCUUCAAAAUUCGGCCUUACCCUACAAAUGCCACGAGGAAAUAUAGAGACGAUCUACCCCCGUGCCUUUGUCCUUGCUGGGAUCCGUGGUUAUAUCGAAAACAAGAAGUACAAAUCCGCCUACCUGGUCUGCCGGUCACAAAUGGUGGAUAUGAAUAUCCUUCAUGACUACAUGCCUGAGCAGUUUUUAAACAAUAUACCUUUGUUCCUCGAUCAGGUGAAGAAGGUCGAGUUCGUUGACGAGUUCUUAUCUCGUCUCAAGAAUGAGGAUGUGACCAAAACACUUUACAAAGACACACUUAAACUCUCGCAGCCAGCGGAAGUCGCUAAAGGGGACUUUACAGGACUAAACCAAGUGCCAAACACGGGCUUUGGCGCAACUAUUUCUCCUAACAAAGUCAACAAGAUAUGCGAUGCUUUUAUUGCUGUCCUUUCAAGUCGAAUUGAUACUAACCUACGAAAUCUUGUAACCUCUCACGUUUGCAAGUCCCCUCCGGAUCUCGAUGCUGGCCUCAGCCUUGUUGCGAAGCUACGUGAACGAAGUGCGGAACAGGCUGAGGAAGCUGUUGAGCAUAUGUGUUUCCUUACUGAUGCCCAUCAACUAUUCAACUAUGCGUUAGGCUUAUAUGACCUAGAGUUAACAUUGAUGGUCGCCCAGCAAGCACAAAGGGAUCCAAGAGAAUACCUCCCAUUUCUUCAAAAAUUACAGGGCGUUUCAGAGCUUCAACGAAAAUAUGAAAUUGACAACCACCUUGGCCGCUUCACCAAGGCCUUGAAGAGUUUGCAUGCACUUGGGUCUUACGACGACCUGAAAUUAUACACGAUCAAGCAUAGCCUCUAUAAAGAUGCACUGGAAUUAUACAAGUAUCAGCCAGAUCUCCUUCGAGACAUGACCCAGCUACAUGCCGAUUAUCUAUAUGACCAGUCUAACUAUAAAGAAGCUGCAAUCGCUUACGAGUCUCUUGGAGUAUUCGAACCUGCCUACGAAUCGUACAAACUCGCACACAUGUGGCGAGAAUGCCUUUAUUGUGCAGCCAUGGUUCCAUUAUCAGAGGCCGAUACGAAGGAAUUAGCUACUUCACUUGCCACUACCCUUGCAGACGAAAACAAAGACUACGUGUCUGCCGCGCGUAUUCAAGCGGAUCAUCUCCACGAUAUCCCUGCUGCAGCACGUCUGCUUUGUCGAGGAUCACAGUUCGGCGAUGCAUGCCGGCUACUUGUCCUACACGGUCACCAAAACCAGGUCGCCGAAAUUGUCGACCAUGGCCUCGCAGAGACAAUGGGCACCAUGACAGAACUCCUAGCGGACUGCAGAAGCCAAUUACAAGCACAAGUACCACGAAUCCAAGAAUUGCGUGCUAAACGCGCUGCUGAUCCGCUUGGUUUCUAUGGUGGUGACCCAACUGGCGCAGGCGCUGGGGAUGUGGAUAUUCCAGACAACAUCUCUCUCGCCCCUACAGAUGCAAGUACAAUGGCCGGCAGGAGUCUGUUCACCAGGUACACGGGAGGAACCAGUACGUCGAGAUCCAGUAGCCGGAUGAGGAAGAGAGAGGAACGCAGACGAGCGAAGGGUAAGAAGGGCACCGUUUACGAAGAGGAGUACCUUGUCAACAGCGUGAGGAGGUUGAUUGAGAAGGUGAACAGUUCAAUUGAGGAAGUGGAAGCUCUUGUGCAGGCAAUGCUAAGGAGAGGCAUGCGGGAGCGAGCUGCUGUUGUUGAGAGAAAUCUCGAUGAGGUUUUGGAUCGAGAUGGGCAGCCAAAGGAGGAUGGCGAACCCCCCGCGGGUGCGAUUUCGAGCGGAGAGCGUGUCUAUCUGGAGAGCAUGGAGGCGCUCAAUGGCAAAGGACGGGAACCACCUAUCGUAAAAGCCUUCAAAAAGCUGUCUCUGCUGGGUGGUUAG